GUUUACGCUAAAGAAUGCAUGUCACAAGCAUUGGCAUAUAUAAUAAUUUUUCAUUUGUUUCAAUUCGUCAUUUGAACUGAAUUCAAAGUACAAUUUUGUUCGAUUAGUGCAGAAAAAAUAAUUCUCUUUCUCUCUAAAUAAAUUCUUUUAAAUACGAAAUUCUUUUUGAGUAAAAAAUACAAAAUUCAAAAAAAGAAAUUAUAGAAUGUAAAAAUAUUUAAAAUGAAUAAAAAAUACUUUUGUUUCUUAUUGGCGAUUAUUUCAAUUGUGAUAUCAGAGAAAAAAUUGGAAGCUUUUGGAAAAUUUGGUUCUUCUCCUCCUGAUUUUAGAACAAGAUUGAAAAAUUUUUUCUCGGGAAAUACAAAAAAAAAUGGACAAUUAAAAUCAUUUUUUGAAAGAUUGAAAAAGUUUUUUAAAAAUUCGGAAGAAAAUUCUGCUUAUCCUCCUUUUCCAGUGAUUAUGCCUGUUUUUAUUUCACAACCCCUGGAAAAUUCACCCCGACGAAAGUUUUCUAAAAGGCGAAAAAAUAAAUCAUCACGACAGGUUCCUGUCUCUAAUCGGAAUAUUGGAAAUUAUUGUGCUUGUUCGUAUUGUAUGCCAAGACCUUGUUGUAAUGCCUAUAGAAAUUAAAAAUAAUUUACAAAAAAAUGUAUUUUUUAAUUAUCAGAAAUAAAUUGAAUAAAAGCAAAAGGAUCAGGACAGAAAU